AUGCCAGAUUUAACUUCUUCUCGUAAUGAUCCACCAAAAGCUCCUACAUAUGGUUGCCCUUUAUGGUUACUUGAGCUGGCACCACCAUGGCCUGACCACUCGGAACUGGUCAAAUAUUCGGCACUCCCUGGCACGUUUUGA